UUAUGGAGGAAUAAUACCAGCCUGGCAGCUGCAGAGAAACAGUUAGAGAAGAAGGAAUGGAGCAUUUUCACAGACUGUAGAGAAGACCCCUGCACUAGAGCAGAACCUGUUGGUAAUGAUAAACCACAACACACACACACACACACACACAUGCUUUCACUGACACUUACACGUUGGAUCUGUCUCAAUCCACAAUGAUGCUGCCUUAUGAGGCCUUUGGAUUUAAACACACCCAGUUCUCCAUCCACACUCACUUACAUACGCAUCCUUUCACACACAUAGGCUAUAUUAAGUUCAGGUUGACUAGUUAGUUAGUUGAUUAACUAUAUGGUUUGAAACAUGGAAGAGCAGCAGUAUCCAGCACUUUAAAACUACUCUGGACUUGAAGAAGAGGGACUCCCAGCAGGCAUUGGAGGAGUCUCAGUGAACUGGCUCGGAGCAAUCGAAGGAGCUAGAGGAUCAAAUCAAAAUAGGGAGAGGAUUCAUGACUUCAGUUCCCUUUAUUCACACUUUACUGUUCAUAAGGAUUCACCCAAGGCUCCAAUAAGCAAUGCCAUAAACAUCACGCACAUCUGAUCUUAUGUUAACAUAGAUGUUUGGGUACCUGCAAAGGUGCUUGUGUGUAUACUACAGUCAUGUCAUACAUGUGUUUCCUGCCUGUUUCUUGUGAUUCAUGUCUGCCUGUCCUGUACAGUUGGAGAUAUCUCUGAAGUGGUCAGUUGGUAGAGCAUGGCGCUUGUAACGCCAGGUUAGUGGGUUCGAUUCCUGGGACCAUCCAUACGUAAAAUGUAUGCACGCAUGAAUGUAAGUCGCUUUGGAUAAAAGUGUCUGCUAAAUGACAUAUAUUAUAAAGCAGAAACACUCUCAGAUAGCGGAGUUGGAGAAAGCCUUCUCUUCAGCCCAGCAUGAGAACAGGAGGCCCAGCACUGACUCAACAUAUCCAUGGCUAGUGCAGUAACCCCAGCCCCAAUCAUGUCAAUCUCUUAGGAGACCAAGACAAGGAGGCCUUAAGAGGUCUCAGAGUGCAGGCUACAGAGUCUACCACCAAGGUAGACUCUGUACUUAACUCCUUGUGCAUUUUCUCAACUCUCUCAGUCAACUCAAUUAUGCCAUAAUAACAUGUGAUCUUUUCAUUUCUCAUGAUAAUUGCUAGUUAGAUCAGGCUUUUUUCAUAUUUUUCUGCCCUGUUGAAGGUGAGGUUUUUGGAGACAGAUGAGUUGAGUAGCUGUGUGCAGCAGAUACAGGGAGUGAAGGGACGCUAUGAGAGAGAGAGCUGGAGACACGAGCCAAAGAGGUAUAACGUCAUUAAGAUCUCGAUA